AAUAGACGGCUUCGGAUUAGUGCGAUAUCUCGGGAGGAAGGUAAAAGCGGGUAAACAGAAACAUCAACCAACAAAGGUGUGGAAAAAGUGUUUCAUUUGUGUUGCAAGUGCACAUCCGCUCCUGUUCGCCGUAGGCUACCGUUUGGCGAAGGCUGAUUUUGAUAGACUGUUGUGCUGCAGCGAGUUAUUAAAAUUUCUCCAACCUGAUUUGUUACGAAACUGUUCAUACAACCCCGGAGCAACCGGAAAAGCUUAUAGUCAUCAUUGUCGUCGGUUUUAAUUAAAUCAUCCAGCUUGUUUGACGACCAGAGGCCUCAAAGCAUUGCAGAGACCAGCGCAUUGCAAAAGGUGAACGACUGAAGCCAUCAAAGUUUGACCACGAAUUGUGCGUAAUCGCAACCAGCCAAACGUUCGCUGCCGCAUGUGUGCGUGUGGCUGUCUGUCUGUAGGUGAAGCUGCAUCAGCAAGAGCGCCAGAAGCGGCAGCAGUGUAGCAUUCGUUACAGUUAUUUGUUCGCUCCCAAUCCGCUUGAUCCGGCUAUCCCGGCUGUGCACAGUGCGCUGAGAGAAGAGAAGAAAGUCAAACACACGACGCGAUCAUCGUGAAAACAAAACAGCCUCACUGCCAACACUCGCACGGGACGAGGCGGACGGCAGCGCGCUUGAGAGAGGUGCUAUCUCGCGGGCUGGAUGCUUGCAGAUCAGGAACCUAGAUAAACCUGAAAACUAGAACCCCGGGAAAAGCGUACGAAAGAAAGCGCCCGGACGAUAGAGAGGGAGAAAAACUGGUAUCGGAAAGCUUGCCAACCACCACCACCACCAACGCGGCAGCAUCAGAGUGUGGGGCAGCAUAGUUCCAGUUUCACAUAACACACACCACAGUCUGCAAAGGUAGGCGCAGUGAAGAUUGUUGUGCGACUCUAGGCUCUUCUCGGCUCCGUUCUUCCCUUGGUUGUGUCGGAAAGAGGCGACAAAAAGUGCCGUUGUUCUUUUUAGCAUCGUGUCAGCUACGGUUUGAUGUUGCAUGUUUUCGCUUACUUUAACAUUUGGCUGAUUUGUUGUUAAAUUGUCAGAUCCACCUGGCAAAGACAAACCCCUCUGCCCAGUGCGAAUUAUCUCUACCUUACCUGUGUGUCUAAAGCAUCACUCUCCCCUCGAACAAUGUCAUCAAACGGAUCGUACAAUUUAACCGUGGACGGCGAGCUUCGCUAUGUUGCCCAGUGGUUCGAAGAGUGGAGUGACUUCCAACGAGAAGACUUCAUACCGUACCUGGUGUCCUACCUGUCACAGCAAUCCGGGAGCGUGGGGUACGUGAACGGACUCAUCAGUGCCAUGGCGCAGAUUAAUCCCGGUCAGGAUAAACCGAUGAGUCUGUUUCAGUGCAGGGUAAAGCUAUUCAACGAAUGGUGCAUCAAAUGGCCGGAAGAGUUCAAAGCUAAGCUAUUGGAGCGUCUAGAGCAAACCGAUAGCACGUUUGGCGCACGAAUACGAACGGAACUGGAGUGCAGCGCCAAGCCGAUGAAUGGCUGCCUGGAACAGCAGCCCGAAACGCAGCAGACAAACGCGGAAGCAGCAGCGAGAGAGCUGGCAGAUGACUCAGAACCAAUCGGCUUGAUCGUGAAUGCUGAACCCGUCAUUGUGGCGGCAAAUGCCAUCCUCGUCGCAGACGAAGAUUAGGUGUAGUGCGCUGAGUACGCGACAGCGCAACGAUAUGAACAUUCCAACCGGGUACCUUUAAUUGCGCCCCUUUGUCUUGCAAACCACAGGGGCAUAACCGAUCAUGACAGGCGCCGUACAUGUUCGUGGCGAUGCCAUUUAUAAUAGCAUCAUAAGGCAAAAGACACACUAACUAUUUAUUACCUACUGGUCUUUAAAAGUAGCCAUUCCACAAAGAGGAUAUCGUACCUCGAAUUUCACAGUUCCAUUAUGCAUUAUUUAAAUAUUACAUUUUUUUCACUAAUCUACUAUACCCAUGGGUAUGAAGAAUUGUUGAAUCUCGGCGAAGACAGCUCGAAUUGUUCCCAGUAUUAACAGAAGGAACAUAGGCAUGCUAACUGUUCAAAAAAUACUAUUGGAUUGAGCAUAUAAAAGACUUACUAAUUUCUCACUCAGUAUACACCGUUCGAAGAUAAUCAAAUAAACCCGUUUUCAAUUGGAUUGAGAUCGGACAUUUAAAAAAAAGAAUGAUCGUUCAGCAGUGUGAUCAUUCUUCCGCCUGCCGUUUAUCGUAUCACUAGUGUAAAUGAGCUGUACUGAAUAAAGUAUAAAUAUUAACAAAAC